GCGGGCCUGGCUGGAGCCAGAGGGGCGGGGACUCGGGAGGGGCUGGAGCGCGGCUGCUGGUGCGGUUGCGGGCGGAGAGGAGGAAGCGGCGCGUCUCCCGAGGCGUGCACCGCACCGGCAGACCGACGGGCGCGCGGAAGGAGCGGGCCGGGGGCGAGUCUGCAGGCGUCGUGGGACCGCUGCCGGGCUGCCCCACGCCCGCCGGCCGGCUUCGUGCGUCUCGGGCAGGUGUCAGCUCCGUGGCCCACCACCAUGGAUGGAGACGGGCUGUUUGAUGAAGAAUCGCCAGCAGUGGAUGCCAGCCAGGGUGCGUCGGCUGCCAGAGGUUUUGAUCAAGCCUACCCUGCUCCUUUUGGGGAAUCCGAAUGAGGAAGAUCGCAGGCACUGUCGCCCGCAAGCCAAGGACAUUUCUGUAUAAUCAGUGGAUGAAAGGAUUUUCUCAGACUCUUUUAUUUCCCCCUUUCCUUGAGGAUUCAUCCAGCGCAAUCUACAAUUCCAGUGGAAACCGCAAGGCACACGAUGUGGCAGAAGCCUGGAGCACCCUCAGAAUUGUUCCGGACCCUUCUCUUGGCAUAGGGGAGUUUUCCCACGUGCCACCACUGCUGCUCCCCACCCCCACCCCUCCUUCUGAUCUGUUCCCUUUAAUCCACUUGCGUGUUCCGAGUUAAGUUCAAUUUCUAAAAACUGCCCUCCGGAGCUGUGAGUGGAGUGCAAGAAAUGAGAGAUUAGGUGCUGGGGGAAAGAGGAAGCGCCUGCGUCCGGGCUCCUGGCGGCUGCCGACAUGAAGUGCUUCUUGCCCGUGCUGAGCUGUCUGGCUGUGCUGGGUGUGGUGGCUGCACAGCGCCAGGUCACCGUCCAGGAGGGGCCCCUGUACCGCACGGAGGGCUCCCACAUCACCAUCUGGUGCAACGUGAGUGGCUACCAGGGACCUGCUGAGCAGAAUUUCCAGUGGUCCAUUUACCUGCCCUCCGCCCCAGAGCGAGAGGUGCAGAUCGUCAGCACCGUGGACUCCUCCUUCCCUUACGCCAUCUACACCCAGCGCGUCCGGGGCGGGAAGAUCUACGUGGAGCGAGUCCAGGGCAACGCGGCUUUAUUGCACAUCACGGAUCUCCAGGCCCGGGAUGCCGGGGAGUACGAGUGCCACACGCCCAACACGGAUGAGCGGUACUUUGGGAGUUACAGCGCGAAGAUGAACCUCGUGGUGAUCCCCGACUCCCUGCAGGCCACCGCCGUGCCCCAGACCCUGCACAAGGUGGAGCAGGACCCGCUGGAGCUCAGCUGUGAGGUGGCCACGGACACGUUCCAGCACAGCCACUUGUCUGUGGCCUGGCUCCGGCAGCGAGGCGGCGAGAAGCCCGUGGAGGUCAUCGCGCUGAGCCGGGACUUCGUGCUGCACUCCAGCAGCGAGUACGCCCAGCGGCAGAGCCUGGGCGAGGUGCGCCUGGACAAGCUGGGCCCGGCCACCUUCCGCCUCACCAUCUUCCACCUGCAGCCUUCCGACCAGGGCGAGUUCUACUGCGAGGCUGCCGAGUGGAUCCAGGAUCCGGACGGGUCGUGGUAUGCCAUGACCCGGAAGCGCUCCGAGGGCGCCGUGGUCAACGUCCAGCCCACUGACAAAGAUUUCACCGUCCGCCUGGAAACGGACAAGCGGCUGCACACGGUGGGCGAGCCCGUGGAGUUCAGGUGCAUCCUGGAGGCCCAGAACAUCCCAGACCGGUACUUUGCUGUCUCCUGGGCCUUCAACAGCUCGCUCAUCGCCAGCAUGGGGCCCAACGCCGUGCCGGUCCUCAACAGCGAGUUCGCCCACCGGGAAGCCAGGGGACAGCUGAAGGUGGCCAAAGAGAGCGACAGCGUGUUUGUGCUGAAGAUCUACCACCUGCGGCAGGAGGACAGCGGGAAGUACAACUGUCGGGUGACCGAGCGGGAGAAGACCGUCACUGGGGAGUUCAUCGACAAGGAGAGCAAGCGCCCCAAGAACAUACCCAUCAUCGUCCUCCCCCUCACAGAUAACUGGGUAGUUAAAGUCCCCCAGCACCACCAGAUCCUGCCCCAAGGCCACGUGGAGAGCAGCAUCUCCGUGGAGGUGGCCAGCAAUGCCAGCGUCAUCCUCGAGGGCGAGGACCUGCGCUUCCUCUGCAGCAUCCGCACAGCGGGCAGGCCGCAGGGCCGCUUCUCCGUCAUCUGGCAGCUCGUGGACAGGCAGAACCGGCGCAGCAACAUCAUGUGGCUAGACCGGGACGGCACCGUGCAGCCGGGCGCAUCCUACUGGGAGCGCAGCAGCUUCGGGGGCGUCCAGAUGGAGCAGGUGCAGCCCAACUCGUUCAGCUUGGGCAUCUUCGACAGCAGGAAGGAGGACGAGGGCCAGUACGAGUGCCACGUGACUGAGUGGGUGCGGGCGGUGGACGGCGAGUGGCAGAUCGUGGGGGAGCGCCGGGCCAGCACCCUGGUCUCCAUCACGGCACUUGAGAUGGGCUUUGCGGUCACAGCCAUCUCCCGUACCCCGGGGGUGACCUACAGCGACUCCUUUGACUUGCAAUGCAUCAUCAAACCCCACUACCCGGCCCGGGUGCCCGUGUCGGUGACUUGGCGCUUCCAGCCCGUGGGUACCGUUGAGUUCCACGACCUGGUGACCUUCACACGGGACGGAGGGGUCCAGUGGGGGGACAGGUCCUCCAGCUUCCGCACUCGGACUGCCAUCGAGAAGGCCGAAUCCAGCAACAACGUCCGGCUGAGCAUCAGCAGGGCCAGUGACACGGAGGCGGGCAAGUACCAGUGCGUGGCAGAGCUGUGGCGGAGGAACUACAACAACACGUGGACGCGGCUGGCAGAGAGGACCUCCAACCUGCUGGAGAUCCGGGUGCUGCAGCCAGUGACGAAGCUGCAGGUGAGCAAAUCCAAGAGGACCCUCACCCUGGUGGAGAACAGGCCCAUUCAGCUGAACUGCUCGGUGAAGUCUCAGACAAGCCAGAACUCCCACUUCGCCGUGCUGUGGUACGUGCACAAGCCCUCGGACGCUGAUGGCAAGCUCAUCCUCAAAACCACCCACAGCUCUGCCUUCGAGUACGGCACCUACGCCGAGGAGGAGGGCCUGCGGCCCAGGCUGCAGUUCGAGAGGCACGCGUCGGGUGGCCUGUUCAGCCUCACUGUCCAGAGGGCAGAGGUCAGCGACAGCGGCAGCUACUACUGCCACGUGGAGGAGUGGCUGCUGAGCCCCAACUAUGCGUGGUACAAGCUGGCGGAGGAGGUUUCAGGGCGCACCGAAGUCACCGUGAAGCAGCCAGACAGCCGCCUGAAGCUCAGCCAAGCCCAGGGGAACCUGUCCAUUCUGGAGACCCGGCAGGUGCAGCUGGAGUGUGUGGUCUUGAACCGCACCAGCGCGGCCUCCCAACUCGUGGUGGAGUGGUUUGUGUGGAAGCCCAACCACCCGGAGCGGGAGACCGUGGCCCGCCUGAGCCGCGAGGCCACCUUCCACUAUGGCGAGCAGGCGGCCAAGAACCAGCUGCAGGGCCGGCUGCAUCUGGAGAGUCCAUCCUCCGGCGUGUACCGGCUCUUCAUCCAGAACGUGGCCGUGCAGGACAGCGGGACGUACAGUUGCCGCGUGGAGGAGUGGCUGCCCAGCCCCAGCGGCGUGUGGUAUAAACGGGCCGAGGAUACUGCUGGGCAGACAACGGUCACAGUCAUGCGACCAGAUGCCGCCCUGCAGGUGGACACAGUGGUGCCCAACGCCACGGUGUCUGAGAAGGCCGCCUUCCAGCUGGACUGUAGCAUCGUGUCCCGCUCCAGCCAGGACUCCCGCUUUGCUGUGGCCUGGUAUUCCCUAAGGACUAAAGCUGCCGGGAAAAAGGGAAGCCCAGGUCUGGAAGAAGAGGAGGAGGAAAAAGAAGAGGAGGAGGACGACGAUGAGGACGUCGACGAGGAAAACGAGGAGAGCCCGACAGAGCGCGUAGUCCUGCUGAGUGUGGGCCCAGAUGCCGUCUUUGGCCCAGAGGGCGGCCCCUGGGAGGGCAGGCUUCGCUUCCAGAGGCUCUCUCCACUGCUCUACCGGCUCACGGUGCUGCAGGCCAGCCCCCACGACACGGGCAACUACUCCUGCCACGUGGAGGAGUGGCUGCCCAGCCCCCAGAAGGAAUGGUAUCGGCUGACAGAGGAGGAGUCCGCCCCCAUCGGCAUCCGUGUUCUGGAUACAGGUUCCACCCUCCAGUCUCUCAUCUGCUCCAACGACGCACUCUUUUACUUCGUCUUCUUCUACCCCUUCCCCAUCUUCGGAAUCCUCGUCAUCACCAUCCUGUUGGUGCGCUUCAAAAGCCGCCACUCAAGCAAGAACUCCGAAGGCAAGAACGGGGUGCCCCUGCUGUGGAUCAAAGAGCCGCACCUCAACUACUCCCCUACGUGCCUGGAGCCCCCCGUGCUCAGCAUCCACCCGGGAGCCAUAGACUAAAGGGGGCCGGCCCAGCGGACGUCAGCCGUGGAGGAACUGAGCCUCUGCCUCACCACCUCUCGCUCUGUGAUGGUUCAGUCGACAGCACCCACACUCCAGUGCCGGGGCAGAAGAUCCUUAGACUUGACAAGUGUUCACAGGGACAGACCGCCUCCAGGGGGCAGUCUUGGUUGGUUAGCUACUUGCACCUACAUAUUGUGACCCUGCCAUCGUCUCGGGUUUCUUGUUUCUGUCUUCGGUAAUGUAGUGAGUAGCUCCAGGUGCCACAUCUACUCACUGAUUUAUCUCGUAUUCUCAGAUAGAUAUGGGGGUUGUUCUGUUUCGUCAUGUACUCUUUUUAAAUCCCUUCCCUCCACCCCUUUUGGACUCAUAAGGGUUUGAACAAAUUUCUCACUGACGGCAAAAGAAGGCCGACGUGACGGUGGCAAGGAGUAUCUUCCAAGACUUCCUGUUUUUAUGCAUUUAAAAAUGCCACCCAUGGACCAAAAUAUACGCCAACAUUUUUUUCCCUUUCUUACCAAGACUUGAAAAUUGUGUGUAGUGUGGGCCCAAUUUGUAUCUUAUCUUUCCCCUCAGCUGGGGUGGUUGAACCACUUUGCAGUGAAGAUGAAAGCAUUGCAUUUUGCUUCAAAGAACUGUGGACGUACACGAGGAGUCCUGCAUAAGUCCGUUAGGAGUAGACGGUGCCCAGCCAGCCUGGCUGUUACGCAGCACAAUGGCUUCACCCCAUCACUGCCAGAGUCAGAAAGCCAUCCUGGAGGAAGAAUGGGUCAGAAGCCCCCUGCAGUGCAGACUUUUUGAGCUACAGAGGGCAGAGGGCUGCUGCCAGCAGUGACUGACUUUGAGCUUGACCAAAGCCGAUGCUUAGAGAAGGAAGAGAAAACAGGGCUGGUUGCUGGCUUGAUCUGUUCUGUGCAAGGGCGGUCUCUGACUGACAGCUGGGAGCUGGUGGCUUUUGUCUGCGGGUGCUUUACCAGACUCUGCAGGGGGGAAGUGUUGGGUAAGGCUGGAAGGGGGUCAGCCCCGAGCCAAGCACAGGGGCCAAUGCAGCCACCGUAGGAACAUGUGGUGGGCACCAGGCCAGGGACACAAGAGCAAGUCGUGGGGAUGAGAGCAGGCAUUCUGGGACCUGGCGUUGGAGGACACAGAAGAAGGCAGAGAUGUGAAGAUGAGACCUCUCCUCUGCCUCAGACACUGAUGUCUUCCUCCUGUGCCAUUUGCCGCUUGCUGCUUCUCAUUGCAUUAGAGCAUCGGCCCCAGGGGAGACCAGCCCGGCCCGUGCAGCUCUCCAGUGCACCUGUCUCAGCAGACAGGGGCGACUGGCGCUGUCUAUGGCAGUUUCUCCCUUCCCUUGGUUCUUUCUGUGUGGCUUUAGGUUACUUGGUUGUUCAUUGUUACAAUUGUUUUUAAUUCAACACCCGGGAUUCUGGGCCAGUGUCCCACUGUUGUUUACACUGCUGGGCCAGGUGCUGGGCUUCCUACCCCCAUUUGUUCACUCCGUGAAGAUGUCUUGUGCUCACGCUUCCCCAUAUUCAGCUCUCUUCCUCCAGGACCUUGCGUCUUGAAUCCCAAGAGGGCAAAGCUACCAGGGAUUCUAGAACUAAAAGGCAACAAGAAGUUCCUGUGGAGCUCGAAUGUUCCAAACAUGAACAGACGCCAGGGCAGGUGGCCAUGACCAUGAGGGUGCGAGUCCUCAGCAGGAGUCUGCAGGGGGUGCGGGCUGGCCCAUGGAUGAUGUGUCAAGCUGUGGCUGAGGGGAAGCGGGUGACGGACAGGCUGGUGCUGGCCUGCCUGUCCCUCAGAUAGACCUUCCUAGGAGACCGCAGGUAGGCAGUGCCACCUGCAUCCCAUGUUUGCUAACCAAACUGAUGCUCGUUUACAAUGCUGCAUCCACGCCUUGGAGGUACAGAAUGGGCCCCAACAUGAACAAAGAAGGUCUUCGGGCCCAUUUCUUCAUCAAAAGGUGUGGGCUUUAAGUGGGAAAGUGCUGACUCCUACUUUACAGGCUGAGUCACGCGGGAAGAGGACUGACUUCCCCUCUGAGUGGAAGGGUGCCAGAGGGCCGGCUGGGACCGACCCAGCUUUCAGUUGGAAUUGCUUCGUAGCAGUAGAAAAGUAGGUGCUGCACGUAGUUAAAUAGGUGAAGCAGUUGCAGGAAAUGUGAAAGGAAGAGAGAAACCGAAGCCAGUAUUCUAAGAAUUGCUUUUUCUAUUUUCUAACGGGCCGGGGAUACCAUCAAGGCUUGAACUUUGGGAGCUUUCUAUGAAAAACCCCGGGACCUUCUUUCUUUGACCAUUUCUAUGGAAAUGUGAUGUCGGAUGAAUGGUGAUGGUGCCCUCCAGUGGCUGCAAGACCUCAUUGCACAUUGUCUACCGAAGCUUUAGUCUUGUCAGGAGAGGAACGCUUGGGCAUCUCUCUUGCCUCACCUGCGUCUACAAUGUUGCAUUUAUGGAAAACUACACUGUGCUAGGCGCAUUCCAAGACAUGGAUAUGACCACACCCUCUUUGACCCAGGGUGUUUCUGUAGCAAGUUUUCAUAUUCUUUUCAAACAAUAGUUUCUCUGCGUUAAUUGUUGAAGGAAAAAAAAAAAGAUGGGGUAAGAAAACUACCCUUGCAUGAUGUAGAGAGCUGUUGAAUUGUUUUGUUUUGUUUUUUUAAAGGAAAAACUCUUUGUAAGAUGUUGCACUAAAACGUUUUAUAUACACUUCAGAGACCUGUAGUAAAUUAUGUUGAAAAUA